AGGAAAGCCGCGGCAAGUCGGCUGGCGACCGGUUCUCACCAUGGCGCCAAUGUCGCAGGAGGAUCUUGAGUGGUUCAAGUCCACCUUUCGUCCCAUUCCCAAGCCAGAGAUUCCGGACGAUGCCGUUGAUUAUGCGCUAUAUCACAUCCCUUCUAGCCCCGCCCCCGCUACGCUCGACGAGGUUGCAGAAACGCGAGCGCGACUGGUCGAGGUGCAAAAGUCUGCUGCGGAACUGACAAAGGACCUUUUAAAGGAUUAUAUCUGGCAGCGCGAAGGUUUUCGGCUGGAGAUUACCAAGGAUAAUGGCGUCACAUCUUUGCAUGGGCGUACCAAUUUUGGAGACUCCAUCGAAGAUGAAUGGGUUAUUGUGUACAUGCUGCGCGAACUGACCAAGAAGCACAAGGAUAUAUGGGCCAGAGUUGUAGAUGGUGACGGACAGUUCCUCCUCGUGGAGGCCGCUGCCACGUUGCCUGCGUGGCUGGAGCCGGAGGUCGCUGAGAACAGGGUAUGGAUCAACAAGGGCGAACUCGUUAUCAUCAAGCCGAAAAAUGAUAAGAAGGACAGAGUAACAGAGAAAUUGUCGUUUGCAGAUGCGAGGAAGGUAAUAAUGGAGGAACCCGCGCGACUCAUGCGCUCGACCAUGAUACAGGAGGAAGCAUUUUAUCGUCUCCGCAAUUACCCUAAACAAAUCAACGAGAAUCUCCACUCCGCAUUGGUCACCAUCCCUCGCAAGGUCGCUUUCCUGCUACAUCAGAAACCCGCCUACAUAUCUGCGGCCGUGGAGGCCUUCUAUCUCAGAGACCCGAUCGCAUUACGGCCGUUGCGUUCGAAGGACUUCAGCAGCUUCAUCUUCAAACCCGAGGACCUCGUUACGGUCAGCGUGCGCUUUACCCGGGUCGGUUACGCCCAACUUAAAAGUCAAGACUUCCCCAUUCCCAAGUCCUGGGCCGAGAAGUUGCCGCCGACGGAAGAUCAAACAGCCUAUGGACGGGCAGAAAUGGGCAUGAAGCUGGCUUGCGGGUUCGAAAUGCUGCUCAAUGACCCUCAGAACCAGGAUAAAGCCACAGUGAGAGAAAUGAACCUUAUUUUGGAAGAUCUGGAUACUGGAGAUGAACAAUUACCGACAGAUGAAGAGAUAAAAACCUGGGAUCGACGGGAAGAUGACGAGAAGUGGCUAGAUAUCAGCUUUGAGGAUCUAGACCAGGAACUGAAAGGCAAGGGAAAGGGCAAUGACGACAACUCGCGUGCACGGGGUGCUUUUGGUGACUCUAAUGCACAGGAGAACUUGCAGCGCAUCGUGGCACAGUUUGAAAAAUUCCUCAAUGACGACUCAGCUGGCUUUGAAGGAGCGGAAUUUAUCGAUGACUUCAGCUCGGACGAAGACGAUGAAGAUGAUGAAGAUGAGCUGAGCGAUGAGGGCGAAGAUAAAGAAGCCUCAUUCAAUGAGGAGGAGUUUUCAAGAAUGAUGGCGGAAAUGAUGGGAAUGCCGUCUGGGUCAGGCCACGGUCAGAGGGGCGUAUUUGGGCACCCACCGCUCAACAGAGUGCAAGAGCUCGAUAAUGAUUCCGAAGACGACACUGAGCAGAUCAAGGAAUUAUCAAGACAGAUGGAAGCGGAACUUCGAGGUACCGGAGUUCUUGACCUAAACCGUCGGCCUAAGGCAGCUCAAGAUCAGCGGAAACUUGGGAAGGGCAAAUCAGGCGAGGAAGAAGAGGAUGAGAUGCCAGAUCUAGAUGAGGGCGAUUCUGAUAUCAACCUUGCAAAGAAUCUGCUUGAGAGUCUCCAUGGUCAGGCUGGUGUUGCCGGGCCGGCAGGAAACAUGCUCGCCAUGAUGGGUCUCAAAAUGCCGAAGGAUGACCGCCAUCACUGAUUACUUGAGCCACCAGCUUCGAGUGCUUCUCAAUGGUGAACACUAGUGAGCGAAAUUCGUCUUCACAUCUAUAAGUAGACAUCUGCGCCAAGGCUCCCACUUUGCGCAAGGGCAGGUAUCCGCAGAACGGCAGUCCUGCGUCCGGAGAUAGCUGCAAGCCGGGCAGGCUUACGCGAACACUAGUGAGUUUUCGUGGUAACUGGCCAUCGGGGGUGAUUCCUUCAGGUGUCAAUACACCAAAAUUGCAGCUUAUGGACUGAGAGAAUGUCUAACUCCCUCGUUGAUGUUCAUGCUCGUCUGACUAUGGACUAAAGGAUCAUAGAACAACUGCCUCUAAAAGUAUAUAGACACGAGCUUGGUCAUGAUGUGCAAAUAUAUCAGCACGC